AAAAAGGAGAAGGUGACGUAAAAAUUGCAGGAUGAGCACCAGAUUCAAAGUUUCAACUUCCAAACCCAGAAGAUAAAUAGGCAAGGCCUCUCUCUCAGUACCUGCACACGCAACGAAACGCAACCCAUCGUGUCCUCGAAGAUCGGGUGUUUUCUUUCCCCACUCUCCACCCCGAUCCUCGCCGCCUUUCCCUCCAUUUAUCUCCAAACACACUUUCAAAUCUCCUCUCUCUCUCUCCCUGAACGAACCUUUCGUAUAUAUUCCUUUUCCAGGUUAACCAUGCUUUUGUAUCAAUAGCCCCUUAUUUCACUGGCACAUAAGAGGUCAGGUCAUCAAAAGUUUUUUGGCCAUUUCAUGGGCAAAUGCCAGCCAGUACAGCAAGGGGGAGGGUUAGGGUAGAGGGGUUGUAGGCUGAGGUAAAAUUUGUGAAUGGCUAAAGUGAACAAGUUGCUAUGCAAAUCUGAUUCACGCCAUCACAGAGUUGCACCAUAUCCAUUGUCAACUUACCCUAAGAAGGCUCGUAAAGAGGGUCACAGAAAGAUGUCACAUUCCAAAGCUUUGGAGAAGAAAGAUUGGGAAGGUGCAACCUGCCCAGUGUGUCUCGAGUUUCCUCACAAUGCUGUGCUCCUACUGUGUUCCUCAUACCACAAGGGAUGCCGACCUUACAUGUGUGCUACUAGCCAACGAUUUUCCAAUUGUCUUGACCAAUACAAGAAAACGUAUACAAAAGUGUCAUCGACGGAACAGGGGCAGCAACUGAUUGGGUUGGUGGAGAAUUCCAGUUUUGGUUUGGAUGCAAGGCAUGCCAAUGAAAAGACUGAAGUUCCAGAGCUCCUAUGUCCUCUCUGUCGUGGGCAAGUGAAGGGUUGGACAGUGGUGGAACCAGCUCGUAAAUAUCUUAAUGGAAAGAAGAGAACAUGCAUGCAAAAUAAGUGUUCUUUUGUUGGAACUUAUAAGGAGCUUAGGAAGCAUGUUAAGGCAAAGCACCCAUUGGCACGACCUCGAGCAGUGGAUCCUGUACUUGAAGAAAAAUGGAAGAAGCUUGAAUGUGAGAGAGAGCGAAAUGAUGUGAUUAGCACAAUAACGUCUUCAACGCCUGGAGCAAUGGUACUGGGAGAUUAUGUGAUUGAGCCAGGGUAUCAUGGCAUUUAUAGUGAUUAUGAUUCAGAUGAUUCUUUGGAUGGUGGCUACUUUCCUAUGGAGUCAUUUGAUCAAGGACAGAACCGGGGCCUCCACUGGCAAGGUAGAUAUCGCAUGGAUUAUGACUCAUCAGAGGAGGAUUUUGGGAUGCGUUAUGCUUACAGACGUCUUAUUCCCAGGAUAGUGGUGGGACAGUCAAGGAGGCAAUGGAGGCAUAGAGGAGGUAAUGGUAGGUGAUAAUGGAAGUUGAUCAUUUCUGUUUCAUAUUUUCUGGAUGGAAAGAGCAAGUAUAAACCAGGCAGAAUUUCUACAGUUGGGAAAUAAUGUAAUUAAACUAAAAUAGCCAAGUGACUUGAACAGAUUUUUGGAUAGUAACAUAACCGAGGAUUUGCCGGUUAGAUUUAGAACUGAAGCAUUGUAGUGUAGGGGACAGUUUCCUCGUAGUCAUUGCUGUAUGCAUACGCUCUCAUGUCAUCAUGCAUAGUGGUAAUUUGAUCUUAAGAUAAAAACAAUAUAAGCAUUCUUUCAUA